UCGGCUCAAAAAAAGCAUAGGUGUUGGAUCCGCCAAAAUGAGAACUGUCGCUGCCUCCCUCGCAACCCUCGCCCUGGCGAUUCCCGCACUGGCUGCUACCAUCCAAGGUGGUCCUACCAGGAAGCCCUAUGUCUGCUCCGACGCCUUGCAGUACCAAAUCACCGAGCAGGACAUCCGCGCCGGUGCUCAGAAGCUUCAGGACAUUGCCGAUGCCAACAACGGCACUCGUGUCUUUGGCAGCACCGGUCACAACGCCACCGUCGACUUCCUCUACAACACCCUCAAGGACACCGGUUACUAUGACGUCUACAAGCAGCCCUUUGUCGAGACUUACUCGGCUGGUACCGGUUCCUUGAGUGUCAACGGCAAGGCCCUCGAUGUCCGGAUCAUGACCUAUACCCCUGCUGGAUCUGCCACUGGGCCUAUCGUCUAUGCCGGGGGCCUUGGCUGCUCGGCCGCCGAGUACCCUGCUGAGGCUUCCGGUAACAUCGUUCUCGUCUCCCGGGGUAACUGCACUUUCGGCCAGAAGGCCCUGAGCGCCAAGGAGGCUGGCGCCGUCGGCCUGGUCAUCUACAACAACGUUGCUGGCUCUCUUUCGGGCACCCUCGGCGAGGCCUUCAAGGACUAUGCGCCCGUUGUUGGUCUCAGCAAGGAGGAUGGCGAGGCUCUCAUUGCUUCCAUCAAGGGUGGUGAGGAGAUCAAGGCCGAGUUCAAGGUAGACGCUGUCACCGAGCACCGUGUCAGCUUCAACGUCAUUGCCGAGACAAAGGGCGGUGACCACAACAACGUCCUCGUUGUUGGUGGCCAUUCUGACUCCGUUGCCGCAGGCCCAGGUAUCAACGAUGACGGUUCCGGUAUUAUUGGUAUCUUGACCGUCGCGAAGGCCCUUGCCAAAUUCCAGGUCAAGAACGCCGUCCGCUUUGGCUUCUGGUCUGCUGAGGAGUUUGGCCUGCUCGGCUCCGAAUACUAUGUCAAAUCUCUCAACGGUUCCAAGACUGAGCUCGCCAAGAUCCGUGCUUACCUCAACUUCGAUAUGAUUGCCAGCCCCAACUACAUCUACGGCAUCUAUGACGGUGACGGCAGCGCCUUCAACCUGACCGGUCCCCAGGGCUCCGACGUCAUCGAGAAGGACUUUGAGCAGUUCUUCUCCAAGAACAAGGUCGCCUCUGUUCCCUCCGAGUUCAACGGUCGCUCCGACUAUGCCGCCUUCAUCGAGAACGGCAUUCCCUCGGGUGGCAUCUUCACCGGUGCCGAGGGCAUCAAGACCGAGGCGGAAGCUGCGGCCGUUGGUGGCACAGCUGGCAUCGCGUACGAUGUCAACUACCACCAGGCCGGCGACACCAUUGACAACAUUGCAUGGGAUGCCUUCCUUCUCAACACAAAGGCCAUCGCCAACAGCGUGGCCAAGUAUGCCCGCUCGUUCAAGUCGCUUCCCGCCAUCAACCUUAUGCAGCGCCGCUGGGAUGGUGAUGUUGCCCAGACCCUUAAGCGCAACAAGAAGCGCGCAAACGGGGCCCAUGUCCACUCCCACUCUGGACCUUGCGGCGGUGGGGAGGAGAUCUAGAUACCCUCGUGGUCGAGGUUUCGGUGUGGGGUUGUUGGCGAUAAUGGUCAUGACGAUGAUAAUGAUUUGCAUGUUGGAAUGUAUAACGACACAUAAUGAGAUAUAAUAUCCUUGAUGGACAUGGCUUAAUACAGUGAAAUGAUC